CUCUCUCUCUCUCUCGCGAUCGUCUUUUGAUCUUAUCUCUAGCCUUGAGAGCCGCCUUCAUUUCCGUCCUUCCAGACCCGGUCCUUUCUCCCUUGCGUGAUACCCUGAUCCAUCUCUUGCUUUUCGUCCCCACAUCCUCACCCGUGUUCCUCGCACAUCGGCUGAUCCGACCUCUUCCCCAUCCGCCUCUCUCCAACCUCGUCUGAGAGGAGCAGACGUCUCGACGCUGCUGGUAUCUCACCGGAAAUUGCUACAUCGACCAUCGUCAACCCGAUUGUUGUGCCGGGGGCAGAAAUACCCCUAUCGGUGAUUGUUUGCUGUGCCUACUUCGUCCCACGCUUUCCCCGUAGCUGUGGUAUAAACCUGUCCAGGGGACUCUGUUAACACUCUUACGGGCAUACAAAAUUGCGAGACAACAUGUCAGAAUAGAUGUUAGUCAAUGAAAGGUUGAAGGUACAACUGAGAGACGGCAGAAUACGAAUCAUGCGCUCUCCUGCUUGGUCCAUUAAGAAUUAUUUAUCCGCCUGCUCCUUCGUUCGCUGUGGCCCUCGGUCAAAAUCCCUUUGCACUCGGCUUUUUCUAAACGCUUGAAAGCGCACGCAUACGUACGUUCGCAGGACGAAAUCUAGGCCCAUUGCAUAGAAAUGUCCAAUACCGGAAACACCGAUAACCACUCUAGCGCUGAGACGGGGGGAAUGGCCGAAGAAGGCUAUGGGUCUCCGAUUGAGGCGCCACCGGGGCUAUACGUCAAAGCCCUGUACGAUUAUACUUCGGAUGACCACACCAGCUUAAGUUUCCGACAAGGGGACAUCAUACAGGUCCUGAAUCAGUUGGAAACGGGGUGGUGGGAUGGUGUUAUCGGCGACGUUCGUGGUUGGUUUCCAAGCAACUAUUGCGCUGUUGUCCCCGGCCCCGACGCCUUCUGUGAUCGGGCCAAUCUUGCGGCCGAAUUAAGUAUCGAAUCUGGUACAGAAGAUGACUAUGAGGACGAUAACGAUGAUGACCUGGAUUCGCAGGGAAAUUCAAGAGACGAUUUAUCCAUUCUCCCGAUCGAGAGCAUGGCUCCUGCCACUCAGGAAGAGGCAGCGUAUUGGAUCCCCCAAGCUACGGCAGACGGGCGAUUGUUUUAUUACAACACUUUGACGGGCUAUAGUACAAUGGAGCUUCCUUUGGAAACGCCAACCUCGCCCCAUGAGUCUGGACCGCGGAAUCAGACGAAUAUUUACGUCCCUGAACACACUCGUGCGCCAAUCGACCUAGUUAACCGGUCUCUCGGUGGGUACGAGCAUGAUUAUGACGGUUCUGCAUCCGAAGCUGAAGACUCAGUAAAUCCAUCACCCGUUGCAAAACUUCUUGAUUCGCAGGCUCCACGGAGCGCCGGGACCCAGUUGCACUCCUCUACCUCUCACUUCGGCGCGGCGGCUACGACUUCUUUGUGUAUACGAUCUGCACCAGCCCCCGUUUCUUCUUCCGUCCCUCGAUAUUUUCUUGAUGAUUCCACACAGGUUCCGCCAUCGUGGGCAUCGUUGGUCGAAAAUAUGCGUCAGGCUAUUGAGGCGUAUCGACAGGCGAUGCUGGCAGGAGACCGGUCCCAAUUCGUGAGUAGAGCAGAGGAUAUUUCAGACCACUUGCGAAUGCUUCUGGCUGCAGGCUCUGGUACGACCGAUAAUCACUCGGGGAACCCGUCUAUCAUUUCUACCAACAAGGCGCUGUAUCCUCAUUUCCGUGACAUGAUGUCCAAAUUUUCCAAGUUGGUCUUGUCGUCCCAUAUUGCGGCUGCAGAUUGGCCCGUUCCAGACUCGUCGAAGAAAUGCCUUCAUGAAGCCGAGGGCGUCCUCUCCGGCGUUUAUGGCUAUGUUAAUAUAGCUAGGCAACAAAAAGGAGAGGAUAUCCGGCGGCUGGUGCCUGGAUUCGUCAGUGGUAGCACUUCUGGAGGGCACUGGCAAAACAAUAAUCUCUGUGAUAAAGAUCCCACGGCUUUUCUAGAGCACGAUUUAGGCCGAGAUCUCCGCGCUACUCCUUCGACGGCACUUGAUUCUGCCCUUCUUGACCGAAUUGAUGAUCUUCGAAAGGCGGUGGUUGCCAACUGUCGUUAUUUGGAUAAGCAGCUUAGUCUGAAGGAUAAAAUUGUGACCUCUGGCGGACAUGCUACAAUCGGGGAUGCUGUAUGCGCCGCCUGCGUUCGCAUUCUGGAGGCUUUCCGGCCGUGGAUGUCCCAUAUCGAAUCAAUCGAUCUUGCUCCGUUGGGCACUAGCCUUCAAAACCCGCAGUUAGCAGACUUUAGUCUCCAAAAGCAACGGGCGUAUGACGGUGUCGCGGACCUCGUCCUAGCCUGCCAAGCAAUGUCGGCACCGUUGGCUGAUGAAUGGGCCGAACUUCGAUCCGAUGCGCUCGAUACCCGUCUUAAUGAUGUUAAGGUUAUAACGAGGCAACUGGAGCAAUAUAUGUCUCAAAUCGGGUUCUCUCUCACACUGUUAUUGGAGCAGUCACCUCUGGAAAGCCCAGGAAACCUUCCGGGAGGCAAAUCGGAUGUCCCUGCGCCAAUGCGGAUGCGUUCGGAGUCCCAAGUCAGGCGCGUGCCGCCAGAGUCUAUCGGUAUUCCAUCGUCUUAUCCAAUAAAUGGCGAAGAUUUGAUAGAACAGCCGCAGCGUACUCUCGAUAAGGCACAGCGCUUCUUUGGACAGCCUGUCCCUCGAGAACAGCCUAUUAGAGAUGUUGAAGAGACUCCUUGGUUCUUAAGUCUUGAUCAUGAAGGAGAGGUAUUCUAUGAUACCAAGUCUGAAGUACCCCAGGUAAAAUGUGGUACAUUGGCUGGACUAGUCGAGCAGUUGACGCGCCACGAUAAACUGGAACCUUCCUUCAAGGACACCUUCCUGCUUACGUACAGAUCAUUCACUACAGCGUCCGAACUAUUUGAAAUGCUUGUCCUUCGGUUUACUCUCCAACCUCCGUCAGGCCUGAAUGUGACAGAAUUGCAAUCUUGGACAGAGCAGAAACAAAACCCGAUUCGGAUCCGCGUUGUUAGUAUCCUUAAGAGUUGGUUAGAGACUUAUUGGAUGGAACCAAAUGACAAUGCGAACACCCUGUUGCUAAGACGAAUUCACGCGUUUGUGACAAAUGCAGUCACAAAUACUAGAACUCCCGGUACCACUCAGCUGCUCAGCUUAAUUGAUCAGCGAAUACGCGGAUUAGAUACCACAGCUAGGCGCCUAGUGCCUACGCUUAGUGCCCACACACCCACUCCUAUUCUCCCGAAGAAUAUGAAGAAGAUAAAAUUCCUUGACAUCGACCCUACCGAGUUCGCAAGGCAGCUUACGAUCAUUGAAUCGAGACUAUAUGCCAAGAUCAAACCUACAGAAUGCUUGAAUAAGACAUGGCAGAAGAAGCUCGGACCCGAUGAGCCGGACCCUGCCGUUAAUGUCAAAGCGCUUAUCUUACACUCCAAUCAGCUGACAAAUUGGGUGGCAGAGAUGAUCUUAACUCAAUCGGAUGUGAAGAGAAGAAUGGUCGUCAUCAAGCAUUUUGUCACGGUUGCAGAGAAAUGUCGGCAGAUGAACAACUACUCCACUUUGACGUCGAUCAUCUCGGCUCUCGGAACCGCGCCAAUCCACCGGUUGAACCGGACAUGGUCGCAAGUUAGCCAGAAGACGUCGUCGACUUUGGAGGCGAUGCGUAAGCUCAUGGCCAGCACUAAGAACUUCGGAGAGUACCGUGAGACGUUGCAUCUUGCAACACCACCUUGCAUCCCAUUUUUCGGCGUAUACCUGACCGAUCUCACCUUUAUCGAAGACGGAAUACCAUCCUUAACACCCUCCGAUCUUAUAAACUUUAGCAAGCGCUAUAAGACGGCGGAAGUGAUCCGAGACAUCCAGCAGUACCAGAACACACCUUAUCAGCUACAGCCGGUGCCGGAGCUGCAGGACUACGUUUUGAGUAACAUGCAAGUAGCCGGGGAUGUGCACGAGAUGUACGACCGGAGUUUGGAGGUCGAACCUCGAGAACGGGAAGAUGAGAAAAUUGCGAGAUUGCUGUCGGAAUCCGGGUUCUUGUAACCCACCCUCUUCCCGAAGCAGCGGAAUCCCACCACACCCCAUGGUUGUCAUUCGUGUCUAUUCAGAGAUAUUAAUGACGAUCAUAUAAAUGGGGCCGGAUGGCCGGGGUGGAGUCCGAGUCUCUGGGCCCUUGGCACGAAGUAGUGCGCCCUUCGCCCUCCGUUCCAAGCCAUUCGCUGCGCUUCUCGAGGUUGCAUUCUUUGGAUCUUCUCGAAGGACUAGCGGCUAGCUGCUUUGUGUCCGCUUUUUCCUGGAAAGGCUGCUGGGCAUACGACCCAUGGUUGAUACGUGGUAGGUUGUCUUUCUCCCAGCGUCUCUGUGCCGCCAACCGUUAUGACGGCUGGCUGCUGUCGCCUUUGCCGUGACCAUUAGGCCAAGCGGGACAAAAUGUUUUAUCCGCGAAGACAUCAAGGAUGAACCAUGGUCGCCAAAUUAUCGAAAGACAAGGGAACCUGAUUCACAAAGCGCGGAGGUGCCACCUGAGUGUGCAAAAGCUGUCGAUCGAACGACGACACGGGCUAAUCUGCAAUCGCCCGAGUUUGACGAAAGUCGAUCGUGAAAAGACCCACCCGCUUGCUGUCAAUUCAAAUGCUUGAGGAAACCUUGGUGGCUAGGCCAAGCGAGAAGUUUCGAGGACUUCGCUGUGACAACUUCCAUAUCACUCAAGCUAGUGACGGGAAAACGCUUUACGAGCGUUGAGAGCCAAUCAAUGGAACAGACCAAAGAGCCAUUUACAAUCACGACGAACAUGAUAAAUUUUUUCACGGAGAUGAUAUUUUCAUUUUUUUGCCUUCAUUCAUUCUUUUCUUUUCUUCCUUUUUUUUCUUUUUAAAAAAACAUAUUUUUCAAUCACAUACUGUUUGACAGACCUAUGUAUUUUGUGACACUCCUGGGGAUGUUCCUCUUGACUUCUAUUCUGGGAUCUACUUUGCGGGCAUGAGCCCCGUUUACAACAUGGUUCUGCCUCAUCUUGAUUGUUUCUUUAUGUUGAAUGCGUGAACUCUUUCUGUCAGAUUUGCCUUCAACGUAAAGGCUCUGCCCUUUUCUGUUCCUUUCAUUUUAUUUUCUUACAUUCUCGCUGCAUUUGAACUGCACAUAUAUAUCGAUAUACCUCUCAAGAGGACCUUUUUUUGUAGACUCAAUCACAUAAAGGUGCAAAUUCCAAAGCAAGAUUGGCAC